ACCUUGUUAUGAACUAAAUGUCUAGUUUCUAAUACUUAAAUAUUUUGAAACCUAAUGUCACUGAUUACCAGAUGCUCAACUUAUAUUCGAGGCACACACGAAGUUCGAGUUACAACUAUAUGCCUAUUGCUGUUUCUUUCGAUUCCAACCUCAGCCGGAGAUGGCAAACUGGUGUUAGGUUCCCACCAUGAGGCAACCAGAUGGAGGCGAAACAACAAAGUAAAUAUACCUCGUCUCUACUCAGCAUACAGGGUGCUAUUGAAGGAUGGUGUCGCCGGCAGUGAUGCCAAGAUUGACGUGGGUCACAUAGCCAAACGAAUAGCUAUAGCUGGAGAGAAUGACGAGAAUUCUGCUGGUAACAAAAUAAUACCCCACAAGAAAAAAGCGAAAGCGAGCACUACAGAGAAGGCUUCAACUUUAUUAAAAGGUCUAAGGGAAAAGGCAAAGGGAGUAAGUUCCAUCGAUUACUCCAACACAGCGAAGGGUAAAUGCAAGGAUGUGGAGGACGAUAAGAGUGGCAAAGAGGAGUCAACAGCGGGUCAUCCAGCCGUUCAGGGCAUGGUUAUACCCCAAAAGGAUGAGUCCUUGAACACAAAAGGAGAAAAGCCGAAGAGCACCGGUACAGUCGCAAUACCACAAAGUCACAUUGAUGAAAUGGAGAAUCGCAUAGCGGAACUAAAUAGAGUGUAUCAAAGCUAUGUGAAUGUGUGGAAAAGACCAACAAUAGAGUCCAAGGAAUUGACUUUACUUGACCAUAAGAAUAAAUUUCCGUCUCCAAAUUAUCGUUUAAGUGCACUAAACGCACUUGUCAACGUUGUCGAGACUCUCAAGCAGUCAAAUCCGGUUGAUGAAAUAGUUAAAGCCAUAAAUAACGAAAUGAACACAGAAAAAGAAACUCCCGUAGGCUCAAUCAAAUUAAAUGUCCGAGAUCAAUUAGCGCCCGCUAGCCAAAGUAGGGAGAAAAACAAAAGGAUAACCGAUCGCUCCUCGAAUGUUGUUAAGUUCCUGAUUCCCAAAGUAACAUCUGAUAUGAAAACUGGCGGUGUCUACGAAGAGUGCAAGAAGAAACUGAAUGAUAUUUUGCAGGCACACACGAAUACACACAGCUCCCUGAACGAAGCACAAAGGCUACCAGCUCAUAGGUGCUCAGCCGAGGUAGCUAGUAUGCUAGCCCAAUGCCACUGCGAUUCAGCGAAGCCCGUAGUCAUGGCCGUCGAUAGUGACGGACAGAAAGUUACUAAAGAUGAAACUGCAUGUUAUUGUGAGGUCAAAAGACCUGCCAACUGGGCCAUUGAAGGGUUAAUGCCCUGCUAUUGUGAUGGCGUGAAGGGCGGCCAUUUGGCUGAAGCGUUGACAGAUGGGCAAGCAGGUAAGACCACUCUAUACAUGGAGGGGCAAGAGAAAGCUAGUCAGCAAUCGAGUAAGGAGAACAACCUCAACGGCGGACUGAAGCCGUAUUAUUUAUCGAACUCAAAGCACAGGCAGAUGGUCUGGAAUGAUGUGCCACUGAUGAGGCCUGGAAUCUCACGGAAAGGUGAUGCAGUUAAGCAGUAUAUAACGACUGUUCCUAAGGGUGGAGCUAACCAACCUUCAAUUUGUGUGAAAAGUAGUCGGGAGAAGUUAAGAAAUUUGACUGUGAAUCAAAACAAGCUGCACCACAUACUGAGAUUCCUUCAGACUAAGCAUCGUGCUAUAGAUGUAAGCAAAGCCAAGAAACGUGGCUUAAACGAUGGCCUUGAUGGCACGCCCACUGAUUUGGCAUUUCCGGAGGUGCUCGUUCAAAAAUUAGGGCAGCCACAAGAGACGGCUGGUAGACUCAUCGAGAAUAUGGCAAAGCAGUUAAAUGUAUCUCCUGUAGAGAUGGCUCAGCGCAUUGCUGCAUCCAGUGGUGCGGUCAGUGGGCCAUCAAUUGCCACUGGCAUGUAUCCAGACCAUUCCCACAUAGCAAGCCAGAUCAACGGGUGGCAUGUACCAACGAUGGCAUCAAAUUUAAAGGCCCAACAGGCACAGGCACAAGGAUUCGCGGGUGGGAAUUUGGCGCCAAUAUUAGAAAAGAUCCUUAGUCGACUACAGACCUUGCAAGAAGCCAGCUCUGACCAGGGAUCAGGAAACAAGCUACCUUGCUGCUUUGCCGAGCCAUCUGACGGUGCGCCCUGUCAGUUAACAGGCUCCUGGGAGUCUGCAUUGUUGGGCAUACGUGUCAACAUUAGAGACGAUCUGAAAAUCGUUGUGCCGAAGCUCAAGCCCACGUGUAUGCAGCCCAAAUUGCGUCGCUCGGAUACCGAUCGAUUUUGGCGGCAGUGUGUGAAAAUAACUCCAGCAGAAAUCAGGGAACGCUUGAAGUCAUCAACGUCUCCAGCUAUGAAUAAAGCACUUAAUAUAACCAUAGAGGAGACGCUACCGCCACGUCAACACGAAAUGCUGGAAAAUCUAACUGAGUGGAUAUUCACGGGUCAUACGAUCAACACUUUAGGUGGGCCCAUUUCGAUCAAUUGUCGGCAUGUGUACAGCAGUUUGAUUGGUACCUUUGUGGGUUUUUGUCGGAGAUGUGGUUGCAUUGACACCAUAUUCGGUAGUUGGACCUUCUGCCAUCCAUCACGAGAUUGCCAAGAUAUAACAAUGUCGAUGUUCGAAAGACGGGACGUCUUACGUCGAUAUACGCUAGACGAUGCUCGAAAGGAACGUUAUAAAGAGCAGUUAUAUACAAAGCAAAUAUUCCAAAAUAGGGAAUAAUCGAUAGAUAAUCAAAAAUCUAGACCAAUAU